GAGGGAACGGGGAACAGACCGAAAAAGGGAUAUAUUUUUCUUCAUUUUGUAUUUAGUAAGAUGGCCAUAAAGAUCAGUGGCGUGCAGAAUUUAGAUGUGUUCCAGGAAGAGAAGGAGGGUAAACUACGAGAGGUUGGCUCCCAGGCAGUCUGGUCCCUCUCUUCUUGUAAACCAGGGUUUGGUGUGGAACAGUUGAGAGAUGAUUCCAAUGACACGUACUGGCAGUCGGACGGCCCACAACCCCAUCUCAUUAACAUACAGUUCCGCCGGAAAACCACAAUCCACGAUGUCUGUCUGUACGGAGACUACAAAGCUGAUGAAAGUUACACCCCCAAUAGGUUGUCAAUCCGAGCAGGGAACCAUUUCAAUGACCUGGGUGAGGUAGAACAGGUAGAGUUGAGUGAACCUCAGGGCUGGGUCAGCAUACCGCUGAGAGAUCUGGAGGACAAACCUUUGCGCACGUUCAUGAUCCAGAUAGCUGUCCUUUCAAACCACCAGAACGGUAGGGACACACACAUUCGCAGGAUAAAGGUUCGCUCACCUGUCCAAGACUUUACCUUUGGUAAACUGCCAAACUUUACCUCAUGGAAGUGCUACCAGUUCUCAACAAUCAGAUGAUCUCCUAGGAUCUCAUUAGGAAUAGCAUGUGAAUAAUCAUCAACUUUCUUCAUCAGGUUAUCAGAAUGACUACCAGUAGGUCAGUGUGUCAUCCUCCAUUCACGUAGGCAUAAGAGGGCCGUGUAUGGCUCAGACAGUUUUUGCACUGGGGCCCUUCCGCUUUCCUGACCUUUACCAACCUUUACCAAGGAGGUCAUGUGUUUGAUUUCAGCUCUAUGUGAUUUGGCUGCUGCUUUAAGUAAGGAGAUUUGUCAGGUCUUUGGCGAAGGUCGCUGAUGUAUUCCGGGCACUCUCAAUUCCUCUACCAAUAAAACUUACAGCCAUUUUGUAAAAAAUUCACUAAAUUUUUUCAGUAUUUUUUAGUGAGUGUGGCGUUAAGAGCCAAUGAAAGAGCCAAAUAUAUAAGUGAAAUCUUGUGCUUUAGAAACUAGGGCUUCUGGUUGACAUGGACCCGGUUUCCUAAACACAGAAGGCUUUACAUUCCUACAACAGGUACAAUGCCCAUGUGCCUUCAGUCAUUGGUUGUAGUCUCAAUUGAACGCAUGUAAAUGGUAUUUUAAAAAAGGUGAUACUCAGAGUAAAUUGUUGAGUGCACCCUGUGUAGUAUGAGUUAGUGAGAAGGUGCAACUAGUUACAUGUACAUGGUUUUUUUUCCCGUUAGACAUAUUAAAAAAGAUGUCUGAAUGAAAAUAAAUCAUUAUCUGUGUUUUCUACUACUAGCUGUUAUUAUGGUUACAUGUCUGCAUGUUGUCCAUCUUUGUAUCUUUUUACUUUGAUAUUCUAUUGGCAUGUAUCUAGUCUCAAAAACAGGAACGACUCAGCCGCGAAAAAUGCACUUGCUGACAUUAUACCUAAUGCUCCACCGAACAAAGCUCUGAACAGUAAUUAUAUUUUAAUUAUCUGCUAGAAUGAUUAUUCUUGUAUUCUUGUAGAGGACUUGAGACUCAACAGCGACAACUGCCGCAAUGCCAACGUAUUUGAUCACAAAUACAAUCUGAAGAAAGUAUUUAAUCAUGUACCUGUAUUUUACAUAUUUGGUCGGGGGUUUUAAGCCAUACUGAAAUAUAUUUCACUUAUUCGACUGCGGCCAGCAUUAUGGUGGGAGGAAUUUGCCCUGGGCAAACCCACGAGCAUCAGUAUGUUGAGGCAGACCUUUCCACAUACGGCUGAGAACUAUUUAACGAGGUCAAAAUGACAAAUGUGUGACGCGUAGAUAUGCACACCAAGAUGCAGAUAACCCUGGAUGACAACAUCGCUGCCUUUCCGCAGAAAAGCUAGGUGGACGCGGCUAAUAACACCAGUUCUUUCUAUAGUAUAGGAGUUUAAUUGUGCCUUCUCGUCACACCGAUAUCUUUUGUGUAAAACAAGUUUACUGCAUUCCAAAAGUCAUAAAUCCCAAUACAAAGCUCACUAUACUACCGAAUGUACCAACCCCUUUUGAAAGAUGUACAAACACCAAGAGAGAAAGAAAAAAAGCCUCUGUCGUAAACAGUAUGUGGAUUCUGAAGAACUUGAGGUCUGUCUCAUUUACCACACCGUACACUGAUGAUAGAUAUUGAUAUAUAUAUUAUUAGCAAAUUAAAGCUUCAAUGUUUGAGUUGUUAAUCAUCCGCUACGCUUUGCAUGUUUCUGUACAUAUCUCGCCUUGUAUCAUGUACUAUGCUUUGCAUGUUUCUGUACAUAUCUCGCCUUGUGUCAUGUACUAUGCUUUGCGUGUUUUCUGUACAUAUCUCGCCUUGUGCCAUUUGCUGUGCUUUGCAUGUUUUCUGUACAUAUCUCGCCUUGUAUCAUGUACUAUGCUUUGCAUGUUUCUGUACAUAUCUCGCCUUGU